UAUGAAAUUGUUCUCUUUGACGAAUGGUAUUCCAUUCUUGAUUGGAAUGAUGUUGUUAAAUAUUUGAAUGAUAUACCUGAGAAUGUUGAACAAAAAGGCAAGUUAUUUGUACCUUUUCUUGCUAAAUAUGUUUUCAUGACUUCUUACAAGCUACUGGAAGAAGCAUUCAACUUCUGUAGAUUUAGGAGUAUGUGGCAUGAUGAGAUUGAUCAACAUACUAUGGAGCUUACAUUUCAUAAGGGCUUUAAAGACGAUUUUCACAACAUGUUUUGGGAUAUUAAAUAUGAUGAAGGAGGAACAGGAAAAGGUGUCGAAAAAACAGUAUUAUCAACGAUUCUAAUUCUAGAAGAAAUUGGAGAUUCUUUUUCAUUGUUUUCUUCAUUAAUAAAAAAUAAACAAGCAGAAUUUUUUGAACCUUGA